GAGCAAGAACUUCCUGGCCCAGGAGUUAUCUCAAUUACGAGUGAAAUGUCUUCUCUCGGGGCAUGCGCAGUUGCUCCUCCGAAUACUCUCGGAUGCUGGAGCGCGCAGUACAAGUCGGUACGGUGUGCGAAGAGGACGCGGGGGUGCGUGAAUUCUGGCUGCGUGGAGAGACCCCAUGUUUUCCGACAGGCGCUAUUUGGUGUUGGGUUCUGUAGUUACGGCGCUGUUGCUGGGAGUCCUGGCCGCAGACAAUGAUACGGAGGUCGACAGCAUGUUGGAGCUGGAGCCGAUGGUCAUCACUGGCGGGUGGCACCCUGGAAGCGAGUGCACGUGUUACAACAGCACGGAGGCGGAAAGGGUACACCACAUGGAACCGGAACCGGAAUGUCGCUGCAGGGGCGCCGCUCUCACGGACAUUCCGGCAAACAUAUCCUCGUAUAUGAGACGAUUAACCGUGGCCGAUGCUGGGAUAGAAGUGUUGAAGGCAACAUCUCUUCAGCCGUAUCGCGCAUUUCUCCAGGACGUGACCCUGAUGAACGUAAAAUUUUUACAGUGCAUUGAGCCAGGAGCGUUCAAGGACAUGAAACACCUCCGCACCAUUUACAUUCAUCAGGCACCUGCCCUGAAGACCAUCUCUCCUUUUGUGUUCCACGUGGAGCUGCCACGUCUGAAAAUACUCCGUAUCGUACAUAGCAGCCUGGAGCAGAUCCCCAGCCUCAGUCAGCUGAAGACAAACAAUAUCCUUCACAUGAUCGAUUUGGAGAACAAUCUCAUCAACAGAAUUUCUUCAGCUGCUCUCAACGUAAGGGCGGAACAGCUGCUUCUUGCAUAUAACGUCAUUGCAGAGGUUGAGGGCCUUGCGUUCAACGGAUCACAGGUAGCCAAAUUGAGCCUCAAGGGGAACCGCGCCCUGACCAGGCUCCACCCUGACGCAUUUGUUGGACUCAAGAGUCUGCGGCACCUAGACCUGUCGAAAACUUCGAUAACGCAUCUCCCCACAGGCGGGCUACAGGAACUGGACGUCUUGAGGUUGGAGGAUACAGACACACUCAAAGUGUUCCCGUCCAUAUACAACUUUGAGCACAUUAGGGAGGCGUGGCUUACGUACCCGUAUCACUGCUGUGCCUUUCACUUCCCAGCCACUCAUGAUCCUGCAGAGUAUGCACGUCAUCAGGAAUUGGUUGAGCAGAGAUGCUCAGAGAUGACGACACCUGCGCCUGCUAAUGUGGAUCACCGUGGACGCUGGCGGCGCCUGGCGACAGGAAACCAAACUAACUCCACUACCACGGGCUGGGGCGGAUUGGGCGCUCCACGUUCUUCUGUCCCGCUGUCCGCACUGGAACCACAUGGCACGUUCCAUCAGUCAGGUGUCACACUCCCAGGAAAAGUGCACGCCCUGUGUGGUAACCUGUCCAAGAACUACCGCGAUGUAACAUGCUACCCCUUGCCCGAUGCAUUCAACCCUUGUGAGGAUAUUAUGGGUAACUGGGGGCUGCGUUCGGCCGUGUGGCUGGUGGCAGUGGCUGCGCUCGUGGGAAAUCUCUCCGUUCUGUUGGUACUUCUCAGUUCCCGUUUUCGCAUGACUGUUCCAAAAUUCCUGAUGUGCAACCUGGCGCUUGCGGACCUCUGCAUGGGCCUCUACUUGCUGCUCAUUGCGUCAAUGGAUGCGCGCUCUAUCGGCGCUUACUUCAACCACGCCAUUGACUGGCAGAGUGGUGGUGGUUGCCAGGUGGCAGGAUUCCUCACCGUUUUUGCCAGCGAGUUGUCAAUCUUCACACUAACGGUGAUCACUUGUGAAAGAUGGUACACCAUUACAUAUGCCAUCCAUCUCAACAAACGGCUCAAACUCAGCACGGCUGGCAAGAUAAUGGCAGUGGGCUGGCUGUACGCGGUUGCCAUGGCUGCUCUGCCUCUUAUGGGAGUCAGUGGGUACUCCAAGACAAGUAUCUGCCUGCCUAUGGAAAAUCAAGAUUCUGCCGACCUGACUUACCUGGUGAUGCUUCUCUCCUUCAAUGGACUGGCCUUCUGGGUGAUCUGUGCAUGCUAUGGUCGCAUGUACUGCUCCAUCAGGGGUGGCCAGGAUGCUGCUGCAGCUCUGGCUCGUUCUGACAUGACAGUUGCCAAGCGCAUGGCCCUUCUCGUCUUCACUGACUUUGCUUGCUGGGCACCAAUUGCAUUCUUUGGCCUCACAGCCCUGGCAGGACAUCCACUGAUAGAUGUACCACACACAAAGAUUCUCCUUGUGUUCUUCUACCCACUGAACUCGUGUGCGAACCCAUACCUGUAUGCUCUACUCACCCAGCAGUAUAGGCGGGACCUCUUCAUUAUGCUCAGUCGUUAUGGACUGUGUUCCCAGCGAGCAGCCAGGUACAAGGGAGCAGCAGGGGUGAUACCACAGGGAUGUGGCAUUGUGGGAACAUGCACCGGUCGAAUCGAGGGGCGCACAGGGAGUGGACCCAGUCACCGGGGUUCACUCCUCACCACAGUGACGUCAAUGGAUAGCCCCAUCACACGACCAGGCUCACUCACAGCUGUUCCAGAGUGUGCCACAGUGAACACAACGAUAGAGCUGCUACCUGUUGGUGACAAUGAGAAACAGUAUCCAUCAUCACAAGACAAGCAUAAUGAGCAGGGAAAUGGCAUACCUUCCAGCCACUAGAUCUCAGCUUACCUUACCACGAUUCAUUUGUGCUGCUCUGUCAGUGAAUCAGUACAACAGUUACUAAACCUGAAGUAAGGUAAAGUGGCCCCUUUGCUUAGCAUCACUGCAGCGAAAUGUAUUCAAGAUCCUGACAGCAAGUGACCAUGAGUGAAAAGCUCCGCAUUUCAGCUGCUGUACCCACUAGGAAAGAAGCCUCGUAACACAGUGGGUAAGAGACUAGAUCGCAAUAUGGAGAAUGGAAGUAAAAGCAUAUCCUUUACUGGGAGUGAAACCCCAGUUGAUAGCAUGGGUGGACCUUAAAGGCAAAUUAAUUGUUUGUUGGUAAUAACGGGACUCAAAUUAACUUUGGGUUUAUUUUAUGUCUUUGACAUAGUGUCUUUUAUGGAAAUCCUAUCUACCCAUUGCAUCUAUUUCUGACUGUAAUGAAAUAUUGUACAAAAUCCUGAAUCAGAAAUGUCAGUUUUGGCAUUGUCAACCAUUUAUGACUGGCUUUUAAUGUGAUUGUUCAUUGCGUCCUAAAUGUAUCCCAUUCGGUAUUAAUGGCUGGAGAAUAUGGAAUCCAGAGGACAUGAAACAAAAGAACACUAACAUGACAUUAUUUCAUACACACAUAUUCAUUAUAACAUAAGACAUAUUUAUAAUUUUUUAUAAAAUAUUAUAUCAGCUUAGAUGGUGUGCUGAUACUGUAACCAUGUGUCUCCUUGUGUGUUUUGUUUUGUCAGUCACAGUCACCUUGACAUAUCUCAGUGUUUAGAAAACAAACAGUAGAGAAAGCAUUGUUAAAUAACCCAUGCUCAAUCCAUUAUAAUUCUGGCCACAUUUAUAUACAAAAUAAUCGUACAUGUUUAAUGGCAUGAUGAAUAAUUCCACGGCUACUGGUACUCUGUGAUUCUGUGAAGGAGGCUGCCCUUGCCGUCACCCAAUGCACAUCUGAAGCAGUGGGCUGUAGAAGUAAACAUAUUUCAAUCAUUCCAGUUUCAUUUAUGUGGAUCUGUAACUGUGUUAUUGCAACCCGCACGGUGAAACAAACCGCUUCAGACCAAAGUCAUGACAAAGAGCCAAUAUAGAGUUUUCUGUACAGACACAGGGAGGACAUAACAAUAUUUCUUUUGUCCUCAUUAUCUUCCCCUUGACCUGUUUUUUUUCUGUUGUUUUUCUUCUUUCUUCAGUGAGCUUCUUCAUCUGCUUUCCUCUCAUUCUACUCUGCAUUUUUCUUAUUGACUUCUUGUUACUUCAUAUUUUCCACCACCUCAUUCUUCCCUUUCCUCUUCACUCUGCUGAUCUGCAGUAAUUUUGCAUUCAGGGCCUGAAACGGCCAUGAAAGUUUUUUGAAACUUUGUUAUUUCCUUGAUUUCAUAUGUUUCUGUCUUUAUAAAUCCUAAAAAAGGCUGUAAUGGAUUUCUCACAUAAAAUUAUGCACAGCAGCCUUUCAGAAAUAAAGAACACUUCAUAUCAAAUCUUGUAAUAACAAGCUGUGGUUGAUUUGGAAACUACAAGAUAACAUGACAAAACUGUUUGACCAGAGAAGUUAGAUAUAGUUUAAACUAUCACAGGGAACAGUACCAUGAAACUACAUUCCUCUGGCUUAAAAAUAAAUAUGUUGGGAAUGUCAUUAACUUAUUAUAAUUCUAUGAUUUUUUUUUAUAAAUUGUAGAUGAUACUAUAAUAAAUAUUUAACAACAUACUUUUGUUUAAGUAGUUGUGGAACCAUAAAUUGUCAUUUAGAGAGUGACCUCUGUAGUUUUAUAUGUAACUAUAUCCAUGUUUUAAUAAAUGCAACAGUGAUUUUUCAGAAUGA